AUGGGGACGAGCGGGAUCGUCGGCGGCGGCAGCAGGAAGGCCGGUGGCGUCUCCGGUUGGGUGAAAGGAGGCGGUGAGGACAGCAGCGGAAGUGGCGGUGCCUCCGAGGCGAAGUCAGGUGGUGAUAGCCAUGGGAACAGAGGCGGUGCUUCCUGGACUGCUGGCGGCGGAGGAGAGGAGACCAGUGGCGGCGGGAAAAUGAACUCGGAGGGUGGAGACAAGAACCACGGCGGCGGCGGAGAGGCCAUUAGCACGGGGGCGGAGGGAAGCUGUUCCGGCGGGGGCGGAGACGGGACGAGCGGGGGCGGAGGCAGGGAGGGCGGCGGCAGGGAGGGCGGAGGCAGGGAGGGAGGGGGAGGGGAGGGAGGUGGCGGGGACGAGGAGGGCGGUGGAGGGGGAGGGACAAGCGGGGCGGCGACGCCGGUGCCGGUGAGGGCGGGGGCGAGGAGGGGAUAG